UAUAUUUAGUGUAUUAUAACUGCUCUGCUGAUUCUUUUAAGAGAACUUGGAGCUAUUGACUCCAGCAAAUAUUCAUAAUAGAUCUAUUAUACAAGUAAUACAAAUUUUCAGGUAACUCAGAAAUAUAUACUUUGUCAUAACCAUGCCCCAAAUUCAAGAUCUGAAUGUGAAUCAGAAGUGGAUUCUUCAAAACGUUGGUCACUGGAUAGAUUGUAUCAAGUUCCAUUUUAUAUGUAGAGCCAUAGCUGUAUUUUUAAAAAGUAACAGAAUUGGCAACACAAAACUGAAAAACUAUUACCAUACUUAGAUUUAGAAAUUUUAUAUCCUAGUUGCUGUUAUGUUAAAAGUCAGAAAAAUUGUUUAUUCUGUGCAUACUAUUAGCUAGUUUCAUAAGGCAUAAACGUAAUUCUAGAUUAUAACCAAACAGUUCAUACAUAAAAUGAAUAUUAUUGCUUUGAGAUAUUUUUAUAAUUUUCAUAGUGAAAUUCAAAGUAUCUUAUUCUUGCUUCACCUAGCCUAAAACCAUUGAUCCUUUUCUCCCUCAUCAUAUUGCUAUCAAACAAGCUGCCAGCAUCCACACACCUAAAUGUAGCUUCCAGAUGUUGCUGAAGAAGUAUGCUCAGGGUCUCUAAUGCCUUUCAAAGGUUUGUAAGAAUAUACAUUUCUGUCUUUUAUAUUCAAAGAAAACUACGAUGCUGACUGGGAUACCCAAGUGGGUUAUAUGCCUUUGUUCACUCAAGAAUGAAACCACGUAUGUGUUUAUAAUGCCAUUUUCACCUUCUCUGUUUUUGAUCUACAUAUUUUCAUACAAUAUUUGAGAAACUCCAUGGCAUUUCCCCAUUCCCUUCUCCAGUGGGAGCUAACAGCUGCUAUAGUAUAGGAAAGUGGAAGUUGGAAAUGUUUUUUCUAAACGGACGAUGGGUCUUUCUACUAGAGUGAUUUAAUUCUGGGGACUUUUGUUAGGCAGUCACCAUGUACUGGUUCCCAUAAUGGAAGGAAAAAGUAAAUACAGAGAUGGUUCUGGCCUUCAAGGAGUAGUGGUGAUGUAGUAGUUAAGAUUGAUGUAGAGGGGAAGCUAUUGUAAUCCAUAAGCUGUACUUUGGAAAUUUAUGUUCAUUAAAUGAAAUAUAAAUAUAAAAAAAUUGAUGUAGAAACAAGCAGCAUUUUUCAAACCAAAAAAUGCAAGACAGUUACUUUCUGUAAAAGCAACUUAGAUAGCUGUGCCCCUCUAUAUAACCAAUAAGAAUUAUAUUAAUUAUUCUUUCAAUAUAAAGGAAUCUACCUGUGCAGAAAUAAAUUAUUUGACCCCCAAAUUAUGGAAAUGAAUAUGUAAUAACUUAAUCAGGCUUACAUAUUCCAGUUAGUAUUUUCUCAUGCAGAGUAGUCACCUCAGUAACUAUGCAGUACUCCUUAGGUUAGAAUAUUACUAGAUCUCGGGGUCAGCUUUGUAGCAUAGCAGGUUAAGCCGCUGCCUGCAACACCAGCAUCCCGUGUGGGCACCGGUUCGAGUCCUAGCUGCUCCACUGCCAGUCCAGCUCCCCACUAAUGUACCUGGGAAAACAUCAGAAGAUGGUUCAAAUGCUUGGGCUCCUGCAUCCACAUGGGAGACCCAGAUUUGUCUUGGCACAGCCCUGGUCGUUGUGGCCAUUUGGGGAGUGAGCCAGCAGAUGGAGAAUCUUUCUAUCUCCAUCUCUCCCCCCCUCCCUCUAACUCUGCCUUUCAAAUAAAUAAAAAUCUUUUUUAAAAAGCAUAUUACAAGAUCUCUUCUGACUGAUUUGCCUGCAGAAAUGAUUCACUUUACUGUCAGACUUAUGAGUGUCCAAUUUUUAUUAGUAGUAUUUCAGGCAAAAUUGCUAACCCUCCCUCUUUGCAAAUUAAAGAUAGGUUAAAGAAACAUCACUUGUCUUUAUUUCACUAUAUGGUGGAGUUAUUGAGCCCAUUAUUAGAAUUCAGGAUAUAUCUGUUAGUAUAUAAGGCUUAUGUCUGCACACGUUCACUGAUCUCGGUCGACCGUUCACUUAGACCACUAAACCUGGUCUGGGCUCAAGGAUUGGCACAAAUGAAAACUCAGACUGUUUUUAAAGUUGUUUUCACUUAGGUUUACUAGCAAACCAAUAGACAGAUAGCACAACAAGUAAGAACACAAUAUAAGUCAUUGGAAGCCGUCCCUCUGUUCCUCGUAUUGGUAGUAGUCAGUGCAAUCCCUGCUCCAUGAGAACUCCACCUGGAGAGAGCAGUCCAGAACCAGGGGCUUUGCUCAUUAGAAGGAAGGGUGCUUGCCUGUCACCAUAGACAGUCUCUGCCAGAAUUGCCAUUAUGUAAUCGUAGGUUCGUAUAUUUUAUUGCAUCAUCAGAUCUAAUGCUGGUUUUCAGAAUGGUGUUUGAAUUUCUGAGAGACUGUAGCUAUCCUACUUCUCUUCCCCAUGAUCCCUUGUUUGAUUUAGUGACUCCUGGUCUGCUUGUUUGUGGUUUAAGAAAUGCCCAUGGUCUGCUUUUGUCAUUCAGGGUAUUUAUUGAGUACCCACUUUUGGAAAACACUGUACUCAAAUGUAAUGCUAUAACAUUUAAGUCAUGUGGAUUCUCCUUCAAUGGAGAUAUUUUGACAGAUAAAACUUUUAGAGAGAAAACAAUUCCACAUAAAAGUAUAAAAAGCAUUCUCAUUUUCAUAUUAUUUGGGGAAAUAUUAAGUAAGGAAGAUUAAAUAAUUUCUCUAAGUUUUCUUUCAUUAAUUCAGCUGUGACUGAGAAAUUUUGGCAAUGAGUUAAAACUACAAAUUCAGCUGUUCUUUCUUUAAUAUUUUGCAGUACAAAUUUAUGAGGGAUUCUUUCCAUUUUCAUUAUUUUAAACAUUUUUCAUCUAAAGAACUUGAUACUAAAUUGUAAAAGUAAUAAUUAUCUAAACUCAUGAUUUUUGGAAUAGGAAGUUCUGGGUCUGAUUUUAUGACCCUGAAACUCAAAAAGCUGUUUUAUGCUCAAGUCUCAUGAUCAUCCUGGAACUAAGCUUCUAAAUCCAGAAAGUGGGUAUUUCCUGGUCCACAAACAAAUGUACCAAAAAUCAGACCAAUUGAGAGUCUGUAGAGGAUACAAAUACAACAGACAGUGAGGCAGGCCACUGAAAAUUUCAUAUACCAUCUGCUACUCAGAAAACUCUAGAUACUUAUCCAUUCUUUCAGAAGUGUUCCGUUAUCUGUUAAAACACACAGUGUUUAAUAAUGCAGUCAUUCAGACAUUGUUAUACUCAUGUUUUCCACCUUACAACAAAUAAUGUGCUUCUGUGUGAAUUAAACUGUGAUUAGUCACAUAUUUUAGAAUUCUUUAGAAGAGGUAUCUUCAUUUACUGAUCAUUUCCUUCUUUAACUAUAGUAUCUAAAAGAUUUAAUUUUAAAAACCUAUUGCUUGUAGCAAAGUGUUCCACUCAUUAAAAGAGUGAGACAGGCCAGUGCCACGGCUCACUUGGCUAAUCCUCUGCCUGUGGCGCUGGCACCCCGGGUUCUAGUCCCAGUUGGGGCGCCGGGUUCUGUCCCGGUUGCUCCUCUUCCAGUCCACUUCUCUGCUGUGGCCCGGGAAGACAGUGAAGGAUGGCCCAAGUGCUUGGGCCUCUGCACCCGCAUAGGAGACCAGGAGGAGGCACCUGGCUCCUGGCUUUGGAUUGGCACAGCACGCCGGCCGUAGCAGCCAUUUGGGGGUGAACCAAUGGAAGGAAGACAUUUCUCUCUCUCUCUCUCUCUGUCUUUCUCUCUCAUUGUCUAACUCUGCCUGUCAAAAAAAAAAAAAAGAGUGAGACAAACACAUUUUUAAUAGAAUGAACACUAAAGUUAAAGGUAAUUUUUUCAAGUGCCAAAAAUCUAGGAAUUAAAAGAUGUCAAAACACUUAUCAGUUGUUAUGGAGACAAAUUCUCAAUUCCAUGGAUUUUAUUACAAUUUUAUUUGUAAUUUGUUACAAUUUUAUGGAAUUUUUACAAUUUGACAGAAUUUUCAGAAUCCAAAUACAGAUAAUGUAUAAUAUAUGAUUCACCCUGUGCACAUUCCCAUCCCCUGUACAUACAGGUUUCAUUUUUUAAAAUGAAAUGCAUACUAGAAUUUUAUAGGCUUUCUAUAUGGCAAAUGGAUGUCAUCUUUGACACACUCAAAUAUAUCAGAUGAGUUACUUAUUGAAAAAGGUGUUUUGGACACUUAAGGCUAAAGCAUAUUGGAACCAUGCCUGAUGGGGAGAACAUAAAAUGAGGCAAAUUCUUUGAUGAGCUCUAUGAUACAGCAACCAUUAACAUUAACCACAAGACAGCCCAGUCCAUAUCCCACCCAAGACCGUGUCUGCACCACAGUGUGAUGCACGAUGCAAAGCUCAUGGACUGCAGCUCUGCAGACAAACAUGACAGAGGAGGCAGUGGUGUGGUCUCAGACACGUCAAGAAAACAAACUCAUUGUAUUGGGUUUCAGAUUUGGCUAUAUUUUUAAAAAUACCUUCCUGAACACAUUUUAAAAUUUACUAAUAUAACUUCUUGAGUUCUCAGAAUUUUUUUUAAUACAUCAUCGUUCUGAAGAAUCUAAUUGAGAGGCACUUUACUAACCAUGUACUGCUUUGCAACCGGGUACAUUGCAGUUACCAUGGUAACUAUAUUAUACACUUUUCUUUUAACCAGAAUUUUUUAAGGUAUUUUUUCCUUAGGACUGACAAUUUCAAAUAUUGAGCACUGAUGAAUAUUCACAUUGUAAAAGGUUGAAUUAGUCUUUUGGAGUUUUGCAUUUGGCUAAUUUUUGUAUUGGGACACUUCCAUUUAGAAAUUGAAAUUCAAAACAAGAAGCAAAGGAAUGUGGUAUGAUAAUACUAAAUCCUACUUUCCUGAAUUUAAAAUAUGAAUAUUACAUAUACUUCAUAUCUGUGUCUUGAAAAUUCUAAGUCACAUAAAAUGCAAAACAAGGUGGUAUUAGAACAUAGCUUGUACCAAUAAGACUUAUGAAUGAUUGCUACAAAGUUAUAAGCUUAGAUGGAAUAACCAUAGGAAAAGUGGAUGGAAAGAAACCUACAAUAAAAAUGUUAAAAAUAGUGUUAAGAUACAAUGGAAUAUUAUCCAAUAACCUAAAAAUGGAAUAUAAAAAACAUAUUUAUGCCUGUAACAACAAUUAAAGAAUAUAAAAUCUUUCUGAAGAGACAGAUUAGGUACCUGAAAGAGGGGUGUUUCUAUGACAAAUAACUAAAAAUAUAGGAGUAGUUUUAGAAUUUGGAAGUGGAAAGAGGCUGAUGGAAUUUUGAAGAGCAGAAUAGAAAAAUAUCCUAAAUUUUGAACAGACUCUUACUAGAAAUAUAGACUUUAAAGAUACAGCUGUUAAGGGCUCAGUAGGUAGUGAACAGAAUGUUACUGGAAACUAAGAGACUAGCAAUCCGAAAUCCUUGCAACAAACGCCCUAAAGCUUAGCUUCAGUGGAAAAAAACAGAGUUUCUGAAAGAUGGUUUGUAAUAUUUGCCCAAGGAGAUUUCUAAGCAAAGUGUGGAAAAGUUGGCUUGAUUCGCCUGCUUAAUGUGUAGUUGACACAAACUAUUCUAAAUAAACAGGAACUAGAACUGAGAUGAUUGGGAAAUUCUUAGCCUAUGCAAAUGACAAAAGAUACUAAAAUUAACUGAUUGCUUCUGAAAGUUCAUCAUUAAAAAAAAAACACCCAAGAAGGUGUCUAUAAAUUCUUUGCUGAAAUCUUUGAAAGAUCAAAAAACUACAGGGUUCAGUCAUAAGACUGUGUCUCAUAGAUUAGAGAGCUUCUAACAAUUUCAAGAAUGUUUUUGCCCAUGAGCUUUAUCAACAGAAGCCAAAGAAAGAGAAGGAGCUAUCUCAAAAAUGUCUGUGGAUUUGUCCUCUCUCUAAUGGAGAACAUCAUUGUGUCUUCCACAAGGUACUCACAAAGUUCUUGAAAAAAUUAUAACAGCAACACUGCCAUCUUGGAAGCGAGAGCAUAAAAACUGAAAGGAGACUCUUAGCAAAAUUCUACUUGCAGGAAGCAGGCUAAGAAGACUACUCAGCUUCAGUCACAUGCUGCUAUUCAUGAGAAAGGACGGAUGUCAAAGGGCAGAACCAGUAGUCCAGAGGCUGUUGGUCCAGAGGGCAGGACUGAUAGUCUAUGGAUGUGAGUCCAGGCUGUCCGACGCCUUGAUGUUGGCCUGGUGAGACUCUAGUAAGUCCACACAGGCUUCUGGCCUCUAGAACUGUGAAAUAAUGAGUGGGUGUUGUCCUAAGCCACUUGGUCUAUGUGUAAUUUGUUAUGCAGCAAUGGAAGUCUAACACAGAUAUUGAUAACUAGGCUUCCUAAAAGACUCUAAGGAAUGUAGUUCAUACAAUUUAGAAGAAGGAAUGAAGUGGUUCCUUGAGAUUUUUAUGUAUACCUAUGCCUGAACUGUUUACAAAAUGCCUGCUCUGAAAAGAGUUUUUUAAAUACUCAACUUUAUAGGUAGUUUCUGUUAAAGUAUAUAUGCAUAUAUUCCUGGAUCCAGGAACUGACUGGUUAUUUUCUUCAAAUCUGUCUCAGAGCACACAUAGAGAAGUAGAUUCCAAGUCUCUUCAGAACCGUAGUGUACACAGGACAUUGUGCCAUCUUGCAUAGGAAUUAAUAUUGUUCACUGAAUUACUUAUAUUACUGAAUUACUUAUAUAAGAACUAUUACAUAUUAACAGAACCUACAGAAUCACUUAAAAAUCCAUAUGGCAAAAUUUUGUUCUCCUUCCUCCACUUUCAUCAUAUGAUAACAUAAUUUAAGUCUUCUAAUGAAGCAAUGUGGCUGAUAUUCAAGUUUCUUUUUAAUUUUUAAAUUAAAAAAAAAGAUUUAUUUAUUUGAAAGGCAGAGUUACAUCAGGGAGAGAGAAAGAGCUCUUCCAUCCACUGGUUCACUCCCCAGAUGACCUCAACGGCCAGAGCUGGGCCUAUCCAAAGUCAGGAGUUAGGACCUUCUUCUGGAUCUCCCAUGCAGGUGCAGGGGCCCAAGCACUUGGGCUUCUUCCACUGCUUUCCCAGCUGGAUUAGAAGAGGAGCAGCCGGGAAUAGAACUGGCGCCAAUAAGGGAUGCCAGCGCCACAGGCAGAGGCUUAACUUACUCUGCCACAGUACUAGCCCUUAUAGUCAGGUUUUCUAGACAUACAUUUGGGAUAGGAGUAGGGGUCUGGUAGAAUGACCAAGUCAACAUUAAGCAUAUCAUAUUGAGUAUUUUCUUUAAGAACAUCCAAAAAAAUGGUAUAGGGAAAUAAAAGAGGAAGUUGUAUGGUGUGUGAAGAAUUUGCUAAAAUAUCAGAGAAAAAUAAGUAAUAGGCCAAAGUGGAAAUACUAAAACUCUUUUAGAAGAAAUUUAUGCUUAUUCUUCUUUUUUCCAAUAAGGAAACUAGUAACUUUGUGUUCCUAUUUUAAGGGAUACUGUAGUGGUCAGGGUUCAAUUGCAAAGAACAAGUCAAGGGCCAGUGCAGGGCACAGUGGGUUAAGUAGCUUUGUGUGAUAGGAGCAUCCCAUAUGACUGCCUGUUUGAGUCCUGGCUGCUCCACUUCCAAUCCAGAUCCUGAAUGUGCCUGGUAAAGCUGUGGAAGAUGGCCCAGGUGCACAGGCCCCUUGAAACCCAGGGGGAGAUGCCUGGCCCAGACUUGGUUGUUGCAGACAUCCUGGGAGUGAACCAGGGGAUGGAUAAUCUCUCUCUCUCUGUAUUUCCCUGUUUCUUCUUCUCUCUCUCUCUCUCUCACUUUGUCACUCUGCCUUUGAAGUAAAUAAUAAAUAAACCUUAACUCUUUUUUUAAUUAAAAGAGAAAAUCUAUAUUAGUUAAUUCAAUAGCAAAGAGAUUUGUGGGGCCACCAUCAUGGUGUAGUGGAUAAAAGCCACCACCUGCAACACUGGAUCAACAUUUUGAUCCAGCUCCCUGCUAAUGACCUGGGAAAAGCAGUGGAAAAUGUCUCAAGUAUUUGGGCCCCUACCUUCAACAUGGGAGACCUGGAAGAAGCUCCCAGUUCCGAGCUUCAGCCUGGCUAUUUUCAGCCAUCUGGAGAGUGAACCAGUGGAUGGAGGAUUUGUUAAGUCUUUUAGAAAAGAAGAAAAUAAAAGAAAGAGAUUUGUUAGAACAUGUGGCAUAACUUACAGUAAGCAAAUAACCUUGAGCUUGCAUUUCUAGAGCUGACUCCUCAAAACCUUUCACAGAACUGUCUGGACCCUCGAAACAAGUGCAUAUGGGAAGUGUUCUUAAGAUUUCCAGGAGGGAAUAUUAGAAAAAGGCUGGCAUAUUUUUUCAAGAAUUCACCACAUCCCCCCAGGAGGGCCUAAAAAUUUCAAUUAAGAAGGCCUAGAAAAACUAAGCCUCUGUUUUGGAAGUAGUAAUAUAAAAAAAUAAAAAAACUACAGGGUGAUUUUUCCUGUGAAUCGUCCCAAUUUCAGGUUUUAUUAAAAUUUUGUAAAUGAUAAUUUUCAUUGUUUUUCAAUAUAACCUCUCUCCUAAGUGAUUAUGUUAAGCAAGGAUAAAAGUGAGAUUAUUAUUUUUCACUGACAUUUAUUUUGUACUUUUGUAAAAGUUGCUUUGUGACGCUGUUGUAGAUCUGUUAAGUCUUCUAGUCAUUUCUGAUUUAUCCCAAGAGUUCACGUGUGUCACCUGAGACAAUAGGUUUGGGAGAUCCUGCUGUCCUGAGAGGCCUGCUUACAGGCAUACUUUGGCAUUGAGCCCCUUCUUUAUCUGAACUGACUUCAAAAAUACUAUUGUCAAAAAUAACAUCAGCUUACAAUGGGCUUACAGCUGUGACGGUAGUUUUAGUAACUGAGUCAACCUCAGGCCAAGAGCCAUGUGCUGGCUCAAGUCAUAUGUUAGGGUAUUAUUUUCUAUGACUUACACCCAGAGCACUGGGGCUUAGAUACAGGUAAUCAGAAAGAAGACUGGAAAACAGUAGAGAACAGUUCCCUCCCUGCGUUAACGUACACCAAAAAGCAGUACAUGCCACACUACCACCCUUCCUGCUCUUGUGCGCACACCUACCCUGAUGAUGCAGCCUUCACUGGAUAUCAAACCGUUUAUGUCUUUUCCAGUGGACAGUAGUUCUGCUGUUGGGCUCUUUCCAAAUUUUAACACAAAACGAAGAGGCUUAUUUGGGACCAAUAAAUUCUGUCAGAUGGAUCCAGUGCAAAAGGCAGUCAUUAACCACACGUUUGGAGUGUCCAUUCCCCCAAAGAAGAAGCAAGUUAUCUCUUGUAAUGUCUGCCAGCUUCGCUUCAACUCUGAUAGCCAGGCCGAGGCCCACUACAAAGGAAGUAAACAUGCCAAGAAGGUCAAAGCACUAGAGGCAACGAAAAAUAAACCCAAAAUGGUUUCUUCCAAGGACAGCGCAAAGGCUAACCCCAGCUGCUCCAUCACUCCAAUCACAGGCAACAGCUCUGACAAAUCAGAAGAUAAAGGGAAGUCCAAAGCCAGCAGUUCCAGUCAGCCAUCGAGCUCUGAAAGUGGCUCCUUUCUCCUCAAAUCUGGCACAGCAGCCCUGCCACCUGGAGCAGCCACUUCUCCCGCCAAGAGCACAAAUGGAGCUCCUGGUCCUGUUGCUGAGUCAGAGGAAGAAAAAGCCAAAAAAUUACUUUAUUGUUCACUAUGCAAAGUGGCUGUGAACUCUCUGUCACAGCUAGAGGCACACAACACAGGAUCUAAACACAAGACCAUGGUUGAAGCUCGUAAUGGGGCUGGUCCCAUUAAGUCCUACCCUAGACCUGGAUCAAGAUUAAAGAUGCAGAAUGGCAGUAAGGGGUCAGGACUACAGAACAAGACAUUUCAUUGUGAAAUCUGUGAUGUCCAUGUUAAUUCAGAAAUUCAACUCAAACAGCACAUUUCUAGCCGAAGGCAUAAAGAUCGAGUUGCUGGGAAACCACUGAAGCCGAAGUACAGCCCCUACAACAAGCUGCAGCGGAGCCCGAGCAUUCUAGCAGCAAAACUUGCAUUCCAGAAAGACAUGAUGAAGCCUCUGGCCCCUGCCUUCCUGUCCUCGCCCCUGGCGGCGGCGGCCGCCGUGUCCUCUGCGCUGUCGCUCCCUCCCCGGCCGUCGGCCUCGCUCUUCCAGGCUCCAGCCAUCCCGCCAGCCCUCCUGAGGCCGGGGCACGGGCCCAUCCGCACCACCCCUGCCUCCAUCCUCUUCGCUCCCUACUGACGCCCGCAAGUCCCGAGACAGCCGAGGCCAGUAGGGAAGUUGAGAAGGAAAGCCAAAAGGAUUCGGCCGUUUAAGCAUUUGGUGUUGCAGUAAGUACCCCCGGCCACCCCAAGCCCCAGCUCCAAAGAAGAACAGAGCACUAGAUUCGAGAGUGUUUCUGUGGACCCUUCCUGCAACUUAGGAAUCUGAGCAGCAUAGUCUUUAUCUGCCUAUUCCUUGCCCCGACCCCAUUCAAUUUGUGUAUCUGCGACAUUUGGUUUCUUGAAAAUGUAUCAGUCAGAAAACAAGAAAAUUCUGUGUUUUUCAAUGGGGGGUGAUCUGGCUUAGAAACGACGUGGAAUCUUUUCCUGACAGACUUGAAAACUAGGAGCUUCCUCAAGUGUCUGUAAAUAUCUCUGGAAUCCAAGCGGGCUAGUCUAGUGCAGAGGAAAAAUCGAUGCGCACGAGUGCUUCCUUGUGGGUACCAUCUGACUGACGGAUCACAACAUUUGCUUUCUGGUGUACUGUUGUUGACAGGGAUUGUGUACUGUUUUAGACCCAAGUACUGUUGUAUCCUGUGUAGUACUAGCUCUGUAUUUCUUGUCUGAUUUCAACAUUUUUUAGUUGCUGUGUAAAUGUUAGGAAGCAAAGUAGCUUUGAAUUUUCUCUUUAAGAGAACAAAAAGAUAUGUAUUUUCUUUAUUUCACAUUUUAUUUGGAGAUAUUUAAAUGAAAUAGAAAGCCAUAUAACAUAGCUAUAAUUACUACCUAUUUGCUAUUUUUCUUUAACUUAUUUUGUAGCUUCCUCACCAGUUUGAGUUGCUAAGCAAAUGUAUACAAACAGAAAAAGAGCUUCCUAAUUGCACAUUUUUGCACCUCUUGUGCAUUCUGCAAGAAGACAAUGAAUCCAUGUAUUUCUAUGUAAUUAUCUUCAUUUUUAAUCUGUUUUCAUUUGUAAUGAUGCUACAUAAUUUUGUGGCUCCCUAAUGCAAUAAUGUACAGGAGAUAAAAACAUUUAUAAUUGAACAAUUUGUCUUUCUGUUCACUGAGUAUGUUGCAGGUCAUGCUCCCAUGCCCCCCUUUCUAAGCUGAUAUCAACAAGACUGGAAUGUUUGUGAUAUCAGGGGCAAGAGGUAUCAUAAAUCAACAAAAUAGAGUGAACUCUUUUAGAGCAUCUUUAUCUGCAAUCUGUAAAUGGUAAAAUGUCUGUGUAUUUUUUUAAAUGUACCUUUUCAAUAAAAGUACAAAAAAUAAAAAA